UAGGGAGGCCUGAGAUGGGAGCUGGGCUGGCUGCCUCAGGAACAGAGGUCCCAAGGACCGCGGGCAAGCUGAAGUCCCUAGCUGCUGUUCCCCCACCCUAAACUUUCCCAACAAUCUAGACCUUGGCCCAAGAUAGAAGUCAUGUGGAUCCCAGAAUAGCUCCUGCUGCACAUUGCAGCCAGGUCAGGCUCCAGCGAGGGACACGGGGCCUCUGCCCCCUCUGCCUGUGCUCCCCUCCUUUCAUCUCUCCACCUACAGCCCCUUCCUUUGCCCCUCUGGUCCUCUCCCUUUCUCGUGUGCUCAUGAGCUGGUCCCCAGAGGAGUGCAGGGGCCAGGAAGAGCCUCAGGGUGGCAGACACACCCUCUGUGCCAGGCUGGUGGAGAAGCCUGACAGAGGGUCUGAGGAGCACCUUGAGCCUGGCCUGGGACCUAUCAUCACCCGAACGGCUUCAGGACCUGCCCUUGCCUUCUGGCAGGCAGUGCUGGCUGGGGACGUGGGCUCUGUCUCUCAAAUCCUCGCAGACUCCAGCACUGGCCUGGCUCCAGACUCGAUCUUUGAUACCAGCGACCCAGAGCGAUGGAGAGAUUUCCGCUUCAACAUCCGUGCUCUGAGACUCUGGUCUCUGACGUAUGAAGAGGAGCUGACCACUCCGCUGCACGUGGCUGCCAGCCGUGGCCACACUGAAGUUCUCAGGUUGCUCUUGAGGCGUCGAGCAAAGCCAGACAGUGCCCCCGGGGGCCGCACUGCCCUGCAUGAAGCCUGUACCGCAGGUCACACCGCCUGCGUCCAUGUGCUGCUGGUGGCGGGAGCGGACCCGAACACCCCUGACCAGGAUGGGAAACGCCCUUUGCAUCUCUGUUGGGGCCCUGGUAUCCUUGAGUGUGUGGAGUUGCUCCUGAAGUUUGGGGCCCACGUGGAUGGUCGGUCUGAGGAUGAAGAAGAGACUCCUUUGCACGUAGCUGCCCGGCUUGGCCAUGUUGAACUAGCAGACCUGCUUCUAAGAUGGGGUGCAUGUCCUGAUGCCCGCAAUGCGGAAGGUUGGACGCCACUGCUGGCUGCCUGUGAUGCCCGCUGUCAAUCCCCCAGGGAUGCUGAGGCCACCACCACCCGCUGUUUCCAACUGUGCAGCUUGCUGCUCUCAGUUGGGGCAGAUGCUGAUGCUGCUAACCAGGACAAGCAGCGGCCCCUGCACCUGGCCUGCCGCCACGGCCAUUCGGCUGUCGUGGAGCUGCUCCUGUCCUGCGGUGUCAGUGCUAAUGCCAUGGACUAUGGGGGACAUACACCUCUGCACUGUGCUCUGCAAGGUCCAGCUACAGCCCUGGCCCACAGCCCCGAGCACACGGUGCGAGCUCUACUCAACCAUGGUGCUGUCCGAGUCUGGCCAGGGGCACUCCCCAAGGUGCUAGAGCGCUGGUGCGUGUCCCCCAGGACCAUCGAGGUCCUGAUGAACACUUACUGUGUGGUACAGCUUCCUGAGGAGUCCAGGAGAUUGGUACCACCUGAAAUUGUGCAGAAGCACCAUGGGUUCUACACUUCCCUCUUUGCCCUGGUGAGGCAGCCCAGGUCGCUGCAGCAUCUCAGCCGCUGUGCACUCCGCUGUCACCUGGAAGGUAGUCUGCCCCAGGCACUGCCGCGGCUUCCCCUGCCAUCCAGCCUGCUCCGUUACCUGCAGCUGGAGUUCGAGGACGUGCUUUACUAGGUGUGCAGUGGUGUGGGAACGAAUCAGACUCCACAAGGGGCACCUGACUCAAGUAAGGUCAUCCUGCCAGCACCAGGUCCAUCUUCAAGUCCGGAACGGAUGCCUGGAUCCACAGUUGAUAGAGGAAAACAGAUGAGCAUCCAGCUGAUACUGAUGCAAACCUGUGUGUGCACUGGGAAUCUAUCUCCAGAAUAAUGGUGCAGAUGUUAUCUUAGCCCUUGGGAAGUAGAGGCAGGAGGGGGACCAGGCUGGUCUCGAACUCACAAAAUUCUGCCUGCCUUUGCCUCCAGAGUGCUGGGAUUAAAGGCAUGCACCACCA